AUGUUGAAAAAUAUUCUCAAGAAUGCGAGACCUAAUUUACGUCUUGGCACUCUUUUGGGAGCCCGAACUUUCACAAGAUCGGCACUGAGCCGUCCGGUGAUGAACCUUCAGAAUUGUUCAUCGUUUUCGCUAUCGAAGGUCACGAGAAGUUGUCUGCCCUCAACUCGGAGCUUGUCAUCUAGCUCUGUCCUUCGGCAGCUUGAGAUGGCCGUCAAAAAGCAACCGGCCAAGAACCUCUUAAAUUCAUCGAAACAGGUCGGGUAUUGGCUUAUCGGAACAUCGGGACUCGUCUUUGGAAUUGUCGUUUUGGGAGGGCUCACGAGGCUCACAGAAUCUGGUUUGAGCAUCACCGAAUGGAAACCUGUUACAGGCACUCUUCCACCCAUGAGUGAAGCAGAAUGGCUUGAAGAGUUCGCUAAAUACAGAGAGUCGCCGGAGUUCCAACAACUUAACUCGCACAUUGAUCUAGACGAGUUCAAGUUCAUCUUCUUUAUGGAGUGGGCCCACAGGCUCUGGGGGCGCGCUAUCGGAGCCAUCUUUGUAUUGCCAGCUGUCUACUUCGCCGUAGCCAAAAAGACGUCGCCCAGAGUUAACAGACGUGUUUUUAUGUUAGCGUGCGUGCUAGGUCUACAAGGUUUCAUCGGGUGGUGGAUGGUCAAAUCGGGACUUGAUCAAGAACAAUUAGACGAAAGAAAGUCAAAGCCAACAGUAUCGCAGUAUAGAUUGACCACACACUUGGGUAUUGCCUUUGUGCUAUACUUGGGUAUGUUAUGGACCGGACUUGAGAUCCUGAGAGAGGCAAAGUGGGUGAAGGAUCCAAAAAAAGCCAUUGCGCUCUUCGCUAAGCUUGACAACCCGGCUUUGAAACCUUUGAGAAGAACUUCUUUGGGGCUCUUGACUCUGACUUUUAUUACCGCUAUGAGUGGAGGCCUAGUUGCCGGUCUUGAUGCUGGGUUGAUCUACAAUACCUUCCCGCACAUGGGUGAUGAGUGGAUUCCCAGCAAGAGAGAGUUAUUUGAUCAGCAUUUUGCCAGAAAAGAUGACGCCAGUGACUUGUUUUGGAGAAACAUGUUAGAAAACCCAACCACGGUUCAGCUGAAUCACAGAAUUUUGGCUACAGCUACGUUUAUUGGCGUCUUUGGCCUACACAUGUGGGUUAACAGAAGAAAGCAUCUUCUACCCAAAAAUGCGGUGAGAUCCAUGCAUGCAAUGAUGGGUGUUGUAACGCUUCAAGCAACGCUCGGUAUUUUCGCUUUAUUGUACUUAGUGCCUAUCUCAUUAGGAUCAUUGCAUCAAGCUGGUGCUAUUGCAUUGUUGACCAAUGCUUUGGUGUUUGCCUCGCAGCUACGCAGACCAAGAGUCCCCAUGAGGAUUUUGAUCGGUGGUUUAUCAACUAGAGCUGCUCCAAAAGCUGGGAGCAAAAUCUUGACAGAGGCCGCGCAAUCAGCAAAAUGA